AUGACCCUCAACCCUCCCAUUCGCCAAGUAUUGCUGGCAGAGUUGGGUGACGAUGCCAACUUUGCAGCUCGAUCAUCUUCUGGCGUAUUAAGUCCGGCCAAGCUAACCUUGCAACGUAUUCAUAUGCAGGUUUCGGCGGCUGUGCAAAAUAAAGAGGCUACCAAGACGGCUGGUCCUGCUCUGGGCCUGUCGCCGAAAGGGAAGCCGCGCCUGCUCUUGAUGGGCCAGAGACGAAGCGGAAAAUCAUCCAUCUCAAGCGUUGUGUUCCAUAAGCUGCCACCAAAUGAGACUCUUUUUUUGGAGUCGACGGCGCGGAUACAGAAGGACUCUAUGGCGUCCUUCAUGGAAUUCCAAGUGUGGGAUUUUCCAGGGCAAAUCGACAUCUUCGACAACGCGAAUUUUGACAUGGAGGCCAUAUUUGGCGAAAUCGGUGCUUUGAUUUGGGUUAUAGAUGCCCAAGAUGACUAUCUCGAAGCCGUCUCCCGCCUCAAUGCUACCAUUCUUUCUUUACAGCGUAGCUAUCCCAACAUCAACAUCGAGGUAUUCAUACACAAAGUAGACGGCCUUUCUGACGAUUACAAGCUGGACAUUCAACGCGACAUUACGAUUCGCAUUCAGGACGAGCUCUCAGAUCACGGGUUCGAAAAUGCGCCAGUCACAUUUCAUCUCACGUCCAUUUACAAUCAUUCCAUCUUUGAGGCCUUCAGCAAAGUCAUACAGAAACUCAUCCCCCGCCUUGGGACUUUGGAAUCCAUGCUUACGAAUCUUUGUCGUACAUGCCGCUUCGAAAAAGCCUACCUCUUUGAUGUGCUGUCUAAAAUCUACAUUGCCACGGAUAGCGCUACGGCAGACAUGGCGAGCUACGAGAUCUGCAGCGACUACAUCGAUGUCAUUAUCGACAUCACCGAAGUAUACGGCACAUGGCAGCGUAGUGAUGACAGCCGAAAGAAGCUGGAGGGCCAGCCAUGGAAUUCCAAACUCGACGAACAGAUUAGUUGCUCUACCGCAGAGAGCUGCUUGGUCCUGCACGACAGCAACAAACCAAUCAUGCUGCGGGAAGUAGAUCGUUACCUCGCACUGGUAGCGAUUAUGAGGGAUGACUCGUACGACAGAAUGCCAUUGGUAAAUAUGAAUGUGGAGGCAGUGGUGGAAGGCCUGACCGAGUUCUUCAACAUAACCAAACCUCGAAGAUGA